AGCGCUGAGCAGAUGUUGGAGGCACCUGCUCUGCGACAGCAUGUGUUAAAUAUGUCACUUAUCUCUGCAGCUUCUCAGUAAUUCACUCUUAAUUUGCAUCGCGUUGGCGGAUAAUUUACUGACAAUGUCGUGAUUUGUACCGCAAGCAAACCUUACACCAGAGCUUCUGCGUUUCCACAACUACCUGAGCACCGCGCAGUGAUCUCCUCCGCACCUCGACAGCGGCUAUCGGUGACUGCAGCCCGCUUCUGAGCGCCCUGUUCCCGCCGCCGCAGCAGCAGCGAUGCCUCCCGGUGUUGUUACCGCCCCACGGAGCUCGUCGGCCGGCUGCUUCUGCGCCUGCUGCGGCGUGAAGCUGAGACCUUAUUUCACCGAUAACUCCGUGAUCUCUCAGGGGGAAAUUUAUCAGCUCAUCAGUGAAAGUUUCCUGACAGUUAAAGGAGCUGCUCUCUUCUUACCUCGAGGAAAUGGCUCCUCCCCGUCUUCUGCCUCUCGCUUCUCCCAGCUGCGCAGUAAACAUGCAGGAGACAUCCAGCAACAUCUGCAAACCAUGUUCACUCUCCUCAGACCAGAGGACAACAUCAAACUGGCGGUUCGUUUGGAGAGCGCCCAUCCUCAGGUCACCCGUUACAUGGUGGUGGUCUCAACUAAUGGUCGUCAGGACACGGAGGAGAGCGUGGUGCUGGGGAUGGAUUUUAGUCCGGUCGAUAGCUCAUGUUCUGUAGGGCUGGUGUUGCCCUUAUGGAGUGACACCUUGAUACAUCUGGAUGGAGAUGGAGGUUUCAGUGUGUCAACCGAUACCAGAGUCCAUGUGUUCAAGCCCGUUUCUGUGCAAGCCAUGUGGUCGGCCCUCCAGUCACUGCAUAAAGCGUGCGAGGUGGCUCGUUGUCACAACUACUUUCCAGGCAGCUUGUUCCUCACCUGGGUCAGUUACUAUCAAAGCAGAGUCUCUUCUGAUCAGGCCCGCAUCAACGAGUGGAACGCAAUGCAGGAUGUGCAGUCACACCGUGCCGAUUCGCCUGUACUCUUCUCUGAUGUACCGACAGAAAGAGAGCUGACAGAGCGUCAAAUCAAAAGCAGUUUGAGGGAAAUCAUGAUGCAGAAAGAUCUGGAGAAUGUCACCUGCAAAGAAAUCCGAACAGAGCUAGAAAUGCACAUGACAUGCAACCUGCGAGAGUUCAAGGAGUUCAUCGACAAUGAGAUGAUUGUCAUUCUGGGCCAGAUGGACAGUCCGACCGAGAUCUUUGAUCACGUCUUCUUGGGAUCUGAGUGGAAUGCAUCCAAUUUGGAGGAGUUGCAGAAGAGUGGAGUUCAGUACAUCCUGAAUGUAACGAGGGAGAUUGAUAACUUCUUCCCUGGCGUGUUUGAGUAUCACAACAUCCGUGUUUACGACGAGGAGGCCACUGACCUGCUGGCCUAUUGGAAUGAUACCUACAAGUUUAUAUCCAGAGCCAAGAAAGCUGGGUCCAAGUGCCUGGUGCACUGUAAAAUGGGCAUAAGUCGCUCUGCAGCCACAGUGAUUGCAUAUGCCAUGAAAGAGUAUGGAUGGGAUUUGAAAAAAGCCUUUGAUUACGUCAAGGAGCGUCGAACUGUGACCAAACCCAACCCAUCUUUUAUGAGACAGCUGGAGGAAUAUCAGGGAAUACUCCUGGCCAGCAAGCAGAGGCACAACAAACUGUGGCGUUCUCACUCCGAUAGUGAUCUGUCUGAGCACCAUGAGCCACUGUCUAAAUCCUACGCCCAGCCCCACAGCCUGGGUCGCUCAGACCCUCACAACCAGGCGAGCAGCACAUCUGGUCCCUCUGUGAAAGAACUGCUGGAAUCACUGGGAACUUCAGCCAGCGCUGUCAAAGCAUCACACUCCACUAGCCAGCCUGAUACUGGUAUCAGGUCCAAUCAGUUUGGCUCUUCUUCCCUUGAGGGGGUGGCGGCUCUAUCAGGUGAUGCUGAAGCUCGAAGCCCUAAGGCUGCCUCUCAUUCUGCCGUAGCCCAGAGUAGCCAGCCGCACCCCCCUCGUCCUCACUCCACAGGUGGUUCUGUGUCUUUAUCUCCCCCUCUCUCCAAUGGCUUAUGUGACUCUGCGGAGCAGCGCUCAUCACCUCCUGUCUCCCAGCCAAGGGCUGCCACUGUGGUGCCUGAGCCUCAAAAGACAGAUGUGGUGACCGUUGCACAAAGCGUUUUGGUUAGACAACCUCACCCGCCUCCAUCUCUGCACCACAUCCCCCCCUCUCCUGCUUCAUUCCCUACUCCGGCCUGCACGGAUGACGGGGUUAUCAAACCAGCGUCGUCCUGCUCUGUGUUAAAACCAAUGUUAGUGUCAGUGCCUGAGCCCAUGACUACACAAACACCAAGCACACAACAGGCUGGACCCUCUCCAUCUGCACCAGUGCUGGUCAAAAAACCAGACUGUGAUCCACAGACAUGUGGAUCAUCUUUGGAUGGUUUAGCCCCCCAUCCUUCCUCCAAUAAUGAUUUUAUCAGCUAUCCCAGUGCCAUUCCACAUGACAAUGUGAUGUUGUUUGGCCACAGCGCAGAUCACAUUAAUUUUUUCAGUGCCAGGGAAAAGUUCAAGGGAAUGAGUCAAGAUGGUAAAAGUCACUGUGCUGCAGGACAGCAGUCACCCCUAGUGAAGAGCUGUGGCAAAGAAGCCCCACCUCAAGAGUUCUCCACUUGUGAAAGAAAGGAAAUCCAUGUCCCUGUGCAGGUCACAGGACUGAAGCCCACAGAGGCGUCACCUCUCGACCUUCCUAGCCAACCAGAACCUCAAGGCCCCCAUGACCAGGAAGUGAGGAAGUCGAGACAGGAAAUGGAGGUUAGAGAUGUUUCCUCACAGAAGGAAGCAGAGAAUGUAAAAGAGGAAGCAAAACACAAAGAGGAGGAAGAAGGGGCUCCUGCUCGUCUCUACAGUGACUGGACAAGGGGGUCCGUUCGACGUGUCACGCAACAGCUGGAGCAAAGAAUGAAACACGAGACUCCUUCACCUUCAUCUUCUCCGCCAUCCCUCUCCGGCAGCACCUCCUAUGCUCAGCGGCGUCCUCAUAGCAUCCAUGUUGCAACAAUCUCAAAUCCCCAGGAUGCAUCCGUUUGCUCGCAAGUGUCAGUGACUGGCACUGUGCACGAAGAGCAGGAGGAGGAAAAUGGAAAGUUAAGGCCAGUUAAAAGGGAGAAUGCUAAUGUAGUAGAGAUGGGGGCGCCAGGAAAUAAUGACAAAAGCACAAAAGGACACAAAGUCCAGCCUGCUGAUAAUAGACUGCUCUCUACCUCGUCUUUCCACCACUCUGCCCAGUCUCCCUUUGCCUCUGUGAACUUCCUGUGUUUGGAGGGCGUGACCGAGCUCGAGUCAGGCACAGACUGGGACUGUUCAAUAGAGGGACCCCACAGUGACUUUAUCAUGAGGGAAACGUGGGAGACUUUGUGUGAGCUGGGUGCCUUCUUGCAGCAGGUGAGCAUGGGUGGAAGCGGCACGGCCAGGCGAGCGGACCAGGCUUUUGGCGCCACUCAGAAGCGAGGUAGCAGCAUCCAGAAGAGGGUUAGAGAGAUGGAAGCCAGGAUUCGCCAGGCAGGGCUGACCCCUCCAUCCCUGAUGAAGCGUUCAGCCUCUCUGGCCAAACUGGGCUGCUUGGAGCUGCUCGCCAAUGACCUGAGUGAGUGGGAGCUCAGCCGCUCCACAGCCGCUCCGCCCUUAGCACAACCACCAGUCCACACAGUUAGUGAUGAAUCCAAGAAGCAGCGGGUUCACAACUGUCCUUCCUCAGCCAGCCAGCAAUCAGAAAUCAUUGAGAUCAGCGCAAAGAGGCUUUCAGAACCUGAAGAAACCUCACCAGGAACAAACCGGAGCCCGCAGAGAGGAAACGUCACAAACUCUGCCCAGGAUUCUCUACAUUCGCCUGCGCCAACGCUUAUGACAGCAAGGCAACAAUAUGGAAGGACUCACCCUUUGAGGCGGCUUAAAAAAAGAACUGUUAGCACCCUUUACCACACCAUGUAACCCUCAUUGUGUGUGUGUGUCUGUGUGUGUGAGAGAGAGAGAGAGAAAGGGAUCAUGCACCUAGAAAUGGAAAAUAAGUGCAGAUGUAAAACUUAUUCAGCAAAACAAACCAAUGCCUCUUGCCUUAAAGGAUAUGUUUAGUAGUUUCUCUACAUUUUUCCCUACAGAUCCACCAAGAGCCUCUGUGAAAUCUGUGAUGUGCGAUACCAGCGUCAGUGCAAGAACAGUGACAAGGCUAUGAAGGGUCUAGAAAUUCAUUUAAAAAGCAACAAAUCAAUCAUUCGGAUGUUAAUUUGCCUGAGCCUCAGUCUUUACGUCAUUGCUGGUUUCUCCUUUUAUCUACUUGAUAUUUACUUGACUGGUUGGUGGGUGGAAUUGUUCGACCUGAUGUUAUAUAGAAUGUAGCCUCCGUUUUCCUCUUCUCCUGCUUUCAUGUUUGUUCAUUCACAUUUUUUUAGUUAUGCUGGAAAGAAAAAGCUGCAGCUGUUCUUCUGGUACAAUCCUGACAGGUAAAUGAAUCUGCUCAAAAUCACAUCAACACAAACUGGCAGAUUUGGUUCAAAAUGAUCAAAAAUUUUUGGCAAAACUUUGUACCAAAAUUAAAAUAGGACUAAUCAAAGCUGGUUCUAAACAAACAAGAUCUCAGGUUGAACCACAGACAUCAUAGAUUAGCAUUUUCCUUCAAAGAAUGGUAUAUCCAGAGCUGUUGAUAGGAUUUGGAAAUAAUUGCAUAGUUGUACGCCAGUUUAUUGGACCAGAAACAGAAGAGGCGUGCUGGAUUUUUUUGUUUUAUUUUGACUACACAAUACCUCAGUAAGUCGACCAAAUCUGACCUGCACAAACGUCAGGUUCUGGGUUCCUGGAAUGUGUGUCUCAGUCAGAAUCAAUUUUAACUUCAUCACUUGGUAAACUGAUGUAAACUUGUCUCCAUCAUGUCCUUUCACAGUUCUGAUGCCACUCAAACUAGAUUUUUUUUAAAUGUAUGUAUUACUGUGUGGGAGAAAGGGUAGGUUAGGGAGAUUGGGAGUUAAAGGCAGAGUGUAUAUUUGUGGGUUUUCUGCUCUAUUCUCUUUGGGAUGUAAAGGUCUGUGUUGUUGUGAGUGUUGACAUUUUAGGAACUGUAAAUGUUUUUAUAUCUGAUUUGUGUCUGUGUGGGAGUGCGACUGUGUAGCAUAACUUUACCAUGUGGGUGUGUACUUUUUUCUUUCUUUUUUUAAUUGAUCGUUAUCUCUUUUGUACACUUUUUAGGAGUAUACCUGUGACUGGCAAGUGAAGCUUCUCUGCAGUCUAUCAGAAAUGUCUGUACAGGGACGUCUGUCAUACAUGCACUUUACUCCCUUUUUAAUUUUAAAUGUGGCUUUUUUUUUUUUUAAUGUGUGUUUGCUACUUUGGGGGAGCAUGCUUAGGUAGUAGCAGCUGUUGGGUAUGUGUGUGUACUGUCAAAAACUUUUAGUUUUCUUUUAUUUUAAACUGUCAGUGUAAAUAUUCUUUUAUAUCAUGUGCUUCAACUGUGACCAUUAAACAAUGGAAAUUA